GAAAAUCAAGCAAACUUUAAAUCUUAGUACAGUUUUGAAAUAUUAUUAUUUAGCUUUUUAUUAUUCUGAAACUACUGUUUCUAAAUAAAUUUUUAACAAGCAUUUUUCUUACAGAUAAAAUCCUUUGAAAAACUGGAAUGUCACGAGGAAAGAUUGAAGUAUGCAAAGGACAUUUACGAUAAUUUUAUUAUGAAAGAACUUCUGUCUCGGACACAUGACUAUUCAAAGGAAUGCCUGCAGCACGUUCAAAAGCAUCUCACGAAAAAUGAGGUACCAGUCACUCUGUUUGAGCCUUAUAUAGAAGAAAUUUAUACUACCCUAAGAGAUGAGCCAUUUAAAAAAUUUUUAGAAAGUGAAAAGUAUACUAGGUUUUGUCAAUGGAAGAAUUUAGAAUUAAAUAUUCAAUUAACAAUGAACGACUUCAGCGUGCACAGGAUAAUAGGCAGAGGCGGCUUCGGUGAAGUGUAUGGUUGUCGAAAAGCAGACACUGGCAAAAUGUACGCCAUGAAAUGUCUGGAUAAGAAACGAAUUAAAAUGAAGCAAGGUGAAACGUUAGCCCUUAACGAGAGAAUUAUGUUGUCAUUGGUCAGUACAGGGCAGGAUUGCCCCUUUAUUGUUUGUAUGACGUACGCGUUUCAUACGCCAGAUAAACUCUGUUUCAUUUUGGAUUUGAUGAACGGAGGUGAUCUGCACUAUCAUCUAAGUCAACACGGAGUUUUCAACGAGUCUGAGAUGAAGUUUUACGCUGCAGAGGUUAUUUUAGGAUUAGAACAUAUGCAUAGGAGAUAUAUUGUAUAUAGAGAUUUAAAACCUGCAAAUAUAUUAUUAGACGAACAUGGACAUGUUCGAAUAUCCGAUUUAGGAUUAGCCUGUGAUUUUUCCAAGAAAAAACCCCAUGCUAGUGUAGGAACACAUGGUUAUAUGGCACCAGAAGUAUUAUCAAAGGGAACUCCUUACGAUUCUAGUGCGGACUGGUUCAGUUUUGGUUGUAUGUUAUAUAAAUUACUCAAAGGGCACUCACCAUUCCGUCAGCACAAAACCAAAGAUAAACAUGAGAUAGAUAGGAUGACACUAACUAUGAAUGUAGAACUACCAGAUUCGUUUAGUAAAGAACUAAAGUCACUUUUAGAAAGUUUACUCCAAAGGGACAUAGAUAAAAGACUGGGAUGCAAAGGAAAUGGAUCGGAAGAAGUAAAAGAACACCCAUUUUUCGCUGGUAUAGAUUGGCAACAAGUUUACUUACAGAAAUACACUCCUCCUUUGAUUCCCCCCAGAGGGGAAGUGAACGCAGCCGACGCCUUCGAUAUCGGUUCUUUUGAUGAAGAAGACACGAAAGGCAUCAAAUUGACCGAUGCCGAUCAGGAGCUGUACAAAAAUUUUCCACUUGUGAUAUCUGAACGAUGGCAGAACGAAGUAGCAGAAACAGUAUUUGAAACAGUCAAUUUUGAGGCUGAUAAGCAAGAGCACAAGAAGAAGGCAAAACAGAAGAAGCUCUACGAUUUAGAUGAAAAAGAAACAGACUGCAUUUUACACGGGUAUGUUAAAAAAUUAGGAGGACCAUGGACGUCCAGCUGGCAAAUGAGGUACGCUAAGUUGUACCCCAAUAGGUUAGAACUUCAUCCAGACUCAGCAAAACCAGAGUUAGUAUUUAUGGACCAGAUCGAAGAAGUUAGUCCCGAUUUGGUGCAAGUCAAAAAUGAAAAUUGUAUUGUAAUCAGGCUUCGUGAUGGAAAAGUAGUUCUUACAAAUCCCGAUGAAAUAGGCCUAAAAGAAUGGCUUACAUCACUGAAAUCAGCGCACAAACUGUCGCAGGAGUUGCUGGGAUCGAUGGCGAAAAAAGCGGGCAAGAUCUACGGCACCGACAGUAACAACAGAAAUGCCAUUAUAACAGCCCGUAACACGAACGGCAACUAA